UUUUAUCAUUUUUUAAAUAAAAAAUAUCUAAUUUAAGGACUCCAAAGUACGCCAAUUACAAAAUGUAUUCUAUAUGGAACCGUUUUGAACUCUACAUUAGCAAGUAUUUUUGGUAUAAAGCAUUAUUUUCAUAUUCAAAUUUUUCCUCAUUUUUUAAGUUAUCAUCAGUAUUGGAGAAUUUUUACAUGGCAAAUGAUUUAUGCAAAUGCAGGAGAGGUUUUAUUUGGUAUUUUAAUGAUUUAUAGUUUAAGAAUAGUGGAGCGGCAUUUUGGAGCUAGAAAAUAUGCAUCAUUUAUCAUUUUAUCUUUAGUUUAUACAUCUAUUCUUACACCACUUUUUUUAGGGGUUGUUGUAAAGCCUUUAAGUAGUGGACGUUAUCAAUAUAUUCCUCCUGGGCCUACUGCACUUUUUUUUUCAGUUUUAGCACAAUAUCAUACGAUUAUACCUUCAAGUUAUAAAUUCAAAGUGUUGGAUUCUCCAUCUUUUAAUCAUAAAAAAGGGUUGAUUAUGUCAAAUAAAAUAUAUAUGUAUAUUGUUUCAUUUCAGUUACUUUUUGCACAAUCACCUGGAAGUAUAAUUUCAGCAGGUAUAGGGUGGCUUGUAGGUCGUUUUUAUGUUUUUAAAUGGCUUCCUGGUGCAAACUGGCAAAUACCCAAACGGAUCUUUUCAAGAAUUAUUAGUGAUGCUCCUUCUAUAUUUAUUUCAGGACAAUCAAAUAAUAAUGAGACACAACAUGCGAUACCUACUAGUGCUUCUAUUUUAAAUGCAAUAAGUGGGGUUUCAGAGAGACCAGAACUCAGUGGAGCAAGAGAACAUGAAAUUGAAUCUAUAGUGGCUAUGGGAUUCACAAGACACCAAGCCGUAAAUGCAUUAACGAGAGCAAACAAUAAUAUUGAAAUGGCUAUUCAAUUCCUACUAGAGGAAUAA